ACGGGGGCGGGGCGUCCAACCGUCCUCCCCUCUUGGCACCGCCCCCGGCACGUGCGCCCGGGAGGGGGAGGGGAGGCUGCCCAGUGCUGCCGGCCCAGGGAGGAGCGGGCUGCACCGUGAGCCCCUUCGGUUCCGGCUCCUCCAAGUCGUCAUUGUGCCGGGCCUCAUGUGUGACGUGGGCGUUACCAGUGGAGCGAGACGAAGAUCCGUGGUCUGUGAAUGGUAGGAGGCAGCAGGGUCGAUCCUCGAGACUACGGACGCCGGCUCCAUGGGUGCUCUGGGGCUCAAGCACCCACUGAAAAAAAUUAGCCAGUGCUCAGCACCUCCAGAGCUGCCUGCAGAUGUUAAAAAACCCCAACAAACAAAACUCCCAGUGCUUUAUGGGAAGAAGCAGCACACGGCUUUAACCUGGCUCUACAGCGUCUGUAAAGAUGGAGCGCUUCAGUGGGGCUUUUUGGUGCUUUUAGCUAGAGAUGAUUCAGUCUUUACAGACCGGGUAGCAGUAACACACUGCCUCUUCUGGAUAUGCAUAGGGCUUGGCACGGGAAUGGUCCUAGUUAAAAGUAAAGAGCCAUUUUUGUUGUUGGUUUUUAUGCCUGCAAGCACCACCAGCCACAAAAAAAAGGUGGCACCUAUGCUCGAGGCAGUAGGGGAUGCAGCGGCGCCUAGUGCAGGUGCGUGGCACAGGUAACUCCACACCUCCACACGUAACAUCAGUAAAGAAGUGGAGGAUACUUCUUGAAAGUAGUGGGGCGGGGGUGAGGACUGUAGUGAAGCAGUUGUCCAACUGUUAAACAUGUAAGUGACUUAGCACAGAUAUAAACAUGCAGAUUUCUUUUGUGAUUGUAGCUGUAUUACAGAUCAAGACAAAUAAACCUCUUAUUUGUUAAAUUAGUGGAACUGAUGAAUACAAUUAGGAGCCUUCUAGCAAGAGUGUAAUGUACUAAUAAACUAAGUGAAGACUAUACAGGCCUGCAGGCUGGACAGAUUAGGACUUGUGUUUUCCAAAUUUACUUUGGAGUUGACUAGGUUAGUUUGCUGUGUCAAACUCCUGAAUUAAGAAUACUCAUAGAAUGUAGAAAAGUGGUGGUAAAAUGUAACCCGUUACCCUCCAGGAUUCAUAUAACUAAUAAUGCUCAAGUAGGAUCAAUUUCUACAGACUAAUAUAGAGUCUAUAAAUCUCUAGAAUUCAUUCUGUCCACAGGUAGUGUCACUAAAGCUAUAAUGAAAAUACAUUAUUUGACAUUAUUUUUAACAUACAGAGGUGGUAAUAAUUGUGAGCUACAUUAUUAAAAUGCCUGUAGCAAAAAUAGCAACUAUCAGAAAUGUGGAGGUGGAGGGAAUACUUGGAUUUUCAAGGUUACUGCAUAAAUAAAGCAAAUGAGUUGCUUCUUAUGACAUUUUGAAGGAUAGAUGUAAAAAUGUAAGCUAAUGACUACCAGCAGGCCUCAAAUUUACAUAGAAUCUAUUUGUUUUGUUUCAUCCAGAUAACAGCCAUCUGUGGAGGCAAUUAAUAAAUAAAUCUAAAAACUUUAAAUAGGUUCACAGCUCUUUUUGGAAUCCAAUCUUAGCAGAAGGACUUGUAUUGCAUUUUAAGUAAAUGCUUACCUUUUGUGGGCUUUAUGUUCUCUGAACAAGUUUUUAUAUACUUUCAGAGAUGUAAUUUACAAGUUGAAACACCUUUCAGCAAAAUUGUAGUGUCUGCUGUGUUUGGUUGGAAGACUGGUUCUUGUUUCUUGGUUGAUAUAGUGUUGUCCCUUUUAAAGAGCUGUUCUACAUCAGAAAAAAUGUAAGAUGCAUCUGAGAAGAAGAUAAAAAGCUAAUUUGGGGGCAGGAACAUUUUGGAGAACCAUGUACUUUAUUUUUCAUUUGUGAAACUGUCCAUGACAUUGUCUGAAUUAAUGGAUCCAGCAAAAGCCAAAUUAACAUGAUAUGCCUACGUAGGCGAUAUUACCAGCAAUUGUACUAAAUACUUCACUGCUCAACCAGUUGCUCAGGUAUUCUAGCUCUCUUUGUUGCUAUGGGAGAUUGGAAGACUAUUACUGUGCCAGCGCCGUCAUCAGUUUUAGAUAGCAAAAAUACUUCUCAAUAUACCUCAGAAAAAAAGAUGUCUCCCUCAAGCUUAAACAUGCAACAAGUGCUACGUUUGCCACUGCCUUCAUCCAAAAGUACGCACAGCUUUUUCAGUGCCUUCUGCACAGAAGAGAAUGUUGAACAGAGUAUAUCCUAUCUUAAUAGGGAGUUGACAACACUGGGUUUCCCUUCACUUUAUGCAGAGUCCAAAGGUAAAGAAUUAAACUUAAUAUCUAUCUUAAAUUGUAUGAAUGAACUACUUGUACUUCAGCGCAAGAACCUCCGAGCUCAGGAAGACGUGGAAAUGCAGCACUUGAAAUUGGGUAGUGAUAUGGAUCAUCUGCAGAACUGCUAUGCCAAACUAAAGGAGCAACUAGAAGCCUCUAAAAGGGAGAUAGUUGGACUUCAGGAAAGAGACAGACAGCUUCAAUGCAAAAACAGAAAUCUGCACCAAUUACUUAAAAAUGAAAAGGAUGAGGUGCAGAAAUUACAGAAUAUUAUUGCAAGUCGGGCUACUCAGUACAAUCACGAUAUGAAAAGAAAAGAAAGAGAAUACAACAAACUAAAAGAGCGAUUGCAUCAACUAGUUAUGAACAAAAAGGAUAAAAAGAUAGCUAUGGAAGUUCUAAAUUAUGUAGGUCGAGUUGAUGGGAAGAGAGGUGGUUGGAGAACUGAUAAAACAGAAGCCAGGAAUGAAGAAGAAAUGUAUAAAGCUCUGUUAAGGGAUUACGAGCAAUGCCAAAAACAGCUUCUAGUAGAAAAUGCUGAGCUGAGGAAAGUUCUUCAACAAAUGAAGAAAGAAAUUAUUUCACUCCUCCCCCCACAGAAACAGAAACCUAGAGAAAGAUCUGAAGAUGGUAUUGGACCAGUGCUGUCAGAUCUAGAAGAUGAUGUUGGGGAAUUAAAUAAAGAGAACAUGUGGGAACUCUCCUGUGAAACUGUGCGAGAGCAACUGACCAACAGCAUUAGAAACCAGUGGAGAAUGCUGAAAAAUCAUGUUGAAAAAUUGGAUAACCAAGUGUCACGUGUGCAUUCAGGUGCUCUGACUGACAAAGAUGUAAUCUCAAGAGAGGACCAUGAAUUGGAAACUGAGAAGUUAGAGUUGGAAAUCCAGCAUUGCAAAGAAAUGAUUAAAACUCAGCAACAGCUCUUGCAGCAACAGCUUAUGUCUCCAUGUGAUGAUGAUACCACUGUGUUACUACAGGACUGUUAUUUGUUGGAAGAAAGGGAACGUCUCCAGGAAGAAUGGAAACUAUUUAGAGAACAAAAAAAGAACUUUGAGAAAGAGCGAAGAAGUUUUACAGAAGCUGCAAUUAGACUAGGACUUGAGAGGCAGGCCUUUGAAGAAGAUAGAGGAACAUGGCUGAAGCAGCAGUUUCUAAGCAUGACUUGUGAUUCCAAGUACUUGGAAAAUGUGAAAACUCAAAGUGCUACCUCAGGAAGUUCUGAUCAAGACAAUCAUUUAAUGAACACCAGGUCUCAACAAAAGAAACCUCGCUCCCUGUCUAGUGUUCCAACCUCAGCAGAACUUUGCCAGACAAUUCAGCAUACUCCUUAUAGCAGCAGUCCAUGUGCUAUAUCAAAUAAAACCACUGAAGAGAGCAAGCCAAAUCAGUGGGAGGAAAUCUACAGAGAAGAAACUGAGUAAUGCUUCAAGAUGUAGAUCACAAGAAGAUUAUAGCUGAUACUCUGCUGCAUAUAAACUCGCACAUAGAAAAUAAACUGCCUUAGACUUCCUAGGGUUGUCUGCUAUUCUGCUAUCUUUUGUUAACAAGAUGUGUCCAUACACUUUCUUUCUAAGGUGAAACAGUGUGUUGUGCGUUUGGUCCUCUUUUCAAAGAGUUAAGAGAUGGUCGGGGGCGGUAUAUGUGGGAAAUGCGGUGACUGGCUCUUUGUUUUGUUUUUGUAAAGACAGUUUCUUGCCCUUUAUGUGUAAUUUUGAAAGAUUUUAUUUUAAAAAUAUAAAAGCUUUGGAUAUUUUUCUAGCAACAGAACUCUGAUUCUGUGAAUGAAGGAAUGUAUGAAAUUUUCUGGUUGUAAUGAAAUACUGAAACCGUAGCGUUUCCUUUCAUCACAGGCAGAGGCAGCACUUUUAGGAAUUGUUUAAUUAUGGUAAACAUUCAUUUUUUGUCUCAACUGUAACUGUCAUAUUUUUUUUGCCUCAACUUGAAUGUACAGUAGAUUUUUAACAAAACAGGUUCUAUAUUUAUUAAGUCGUGUGAUUUGAAAUUAUCUCUUUGAUAUCUUUCCGAUGACUAAAGUGCAAGAUCUUUAUAUGUUUGUAAAUAUACAAUAUAAGUGAUUAUGCUAAGAUGCCACAAAAUGAAACAUGCAUCCAUAAUCGUAGUAUUUUACAUGCCAAUUUAAACUGUUUUAUAGUGAUAUUCUGUUUACAGAUGUAUUGGAACUGUCAGUGUUUCAGUCAAGAAUUGAAUUCUUUGAAACAUAUUUGGGAAAUAAAUGUGCAAAGCAUAUCCUAACAAAUAUAGCUCCAUGUUUUUUGUGGAUUUAAUAUUUAUAUUAACCAGUUGUAUAAUAAUGAUUUGUUUAUGUUAGCAAAUAUGCGUGUAUUUUUCCUUGGAAUGGACUCCAACUUAAGGAAAUCGAGUUCGCUCAUAACCAUAUGCAGUGGCCAUACAGACCAUCCCCUGCUUUGUAGGGUUUAAGUCUGCCUUUUCUUGCAAAGUCCUGUUUCAUAUAUGUCAAAAAUAAAACCCUUAUG